UUCAUGCUGUCUGUGCUGCUGUCCACCUUCUGCAUCCACCACUCCCGCAAGAAUGCCCACAAUCCGCCCAUUGCCUCGGCUGAGAUGACCUUCCGUCGACCCGCCCAAGCUUUCCCGGUCAGCUACUCCUCAUCUGGUGCCUGCCGGCCCUCUCUGGACUCCAUGGAGAACCAGGUCUUAGUGGACACCUUCAAGAUCCCGGAGGAUCCCAAGUGGGAAUUCCCACGGAAGAACUUGGUGCUUGGACAAACUCUGGGAGAAGGUGAAUUUGGAAAAGUGGUCAAGGCCACAGCCUUUCGGCUGAAAGGCAAAGCAGGGUACACGACUGUGGCUGUGAAGAUGCUGAAAGAGAAUGCCUCCCCAAGCGAGCUGUGGGACCUGCUAUCAGAGUUCAACCUCCUGAAGCAGCUCAACCACCCACAAGUCAUCAAGCUGUACGGGGCCUGCAGCCAGGAUGGGCCACUGCUCCUCAUCUUGGAGUAUGCCAAGUACGGCUCCCUGCGGGGCUUCCUCCGAGAGAGCCGCAAGGCGGGACCUGGCUACGUGGGCAGCGGGGGCAGCCGCAACUCCAGUUACCUGGACAACCUGGAGGAGCAGGCCCUGACCAUGGGCAACCUUGUCUCCUUUGCCUGGCAGAUCUCACAAGGAAUGCAGUACCUGGCUGAGAUGAAGCUUGUCCAUCGGGACUUGGCAGCCAGAAACGUCCUGGUAGCCGAAGGCCACAGGAUGAAAAUCUCAGAUUUUGGUCUGUCCCGAGAUGUUUAUGAAGAGGAUUCCUACGUGAAGAGGAGCGAGGGUCGGAUCCCAGUCAAGUGGAUGGCCAUUGAGUCCCUCUUUGAUCAUAUCUACACCACCCAGAGUGAUGUGUGGUCCUUUGGUGUCCUGCUGUGGGAGAUUGUGACCCUGGGCGGCAACCCCUACCCUGGGAUUCCUCCAGAGCGGCUCUUCAACCUUCUGAAGACAGGCUAUCGGAUGGAGAGGCCAGACAACUGCAGCGAGGAGAUGUACAGUCUAAUGCUGCAGUGCUGGAAGCGGGAACCAGACAAGAGGCCAGUGUUUGCCGACAUCAGCAAAGACCUAGAUAUGAUGGUUAAGAGCAGAGACUACUUGGACCUGGCCGUGUCCACCCCAUCCAACUCACUGUUGUAUGAUGAUGGCCUGUCAGAGGAGGAGACACCCCUGGGGGACUGUAAUAAUGUUCCCCUCCCUCGCACCCUCCCCUCCACGUGGAUUGAAAACAAACUCUAUGGCAUGUCAGACCCGAACUGGCCUGAAGAGAGUCCUGUACCACCCACAAGAGCCGCUGGCACCAACACUGGGUGUCCGAGAUAUGCAAAUGAUAGUGUAUAUGCUAACUGGAUGGUUUCACCCUCAGCGGCACAAUUAAUGGACGCGUUUGAUAGUUAACAUUUCUUUGUGAAAAGUAAUGGACUUUGGAGGGGAAGAAACAUGCUGAGAACAGAUCUGCCGGCCCCUAUUUGCACAUUUCACACUGGCUGGCGGUCUUGCCACCCAGCAGAUGUAGCACACUGGACGGUGUAGGUGUUCCUUCUUCAGCCCUCCGCAGCACCCAACCGGUGCAUCCGUGAGCACCACGCACUCCGCGCUCACACGUAUCGGUCCCUCACUCACUACCUGAACUGUUUGACUUUUUUCUGGUUGCCUCCAAACAAGGUCACAUGAUUUAAACAUGUCCUUGUUCAAAACAAGAGCCCGGCCAGGCUGCAUAGGGAUGUCAAAGCCCGACCAAGGCUGGAGGGGAAGAGGGGACUUCUGGACAGGCCUCGCCGCAACCUUCAAUAUCCUGUUUUGUUUCUUUUUAAAUCAUGUAACCUCUUCUUAGGAAGACAUUUGAUUCUUAUUAUGAUUAAAAUGAUCCUUAGGUUUAGCACAAUGGAGAGACGUGAUGCCACAUUUGGUAUGUAGGUAGGUGGUGUGAGGGGAGGGGGCUUCUAGGAUACAUCUGUCCACCUGGCUGAGAGAUCACACCCCUGUGAUGAGAAGUGUAUGGAGGAGGGGGCCUUGGAGUGGAGUGGACUCAUAUCCAAGUAUUGCUGACCACAGAGACUUGGCUGCCGUGAACUCCCCAGCCUACCCCACCACAGCCUUCAGUACCCACCCAUCCAGUGCCCCAAAGUGGCAGGGGCUCAUCUCACACAUUCAUGGUUGGGACUUGUGCUCAGUCUCAGCUAGUUAGGUUAGAAGUAGUGUCGACAAAUGACCAAGGACUGUGACACCUCUGAUGACAGUUCUGAUGGGGAAACGACAGGGUUUUGGCUCUUACAGAGCUUGUGUGAAAAGGUACAUGUGUCCACUCUUGCUGUGUCUGUAACGUAAUGCUGCUAUGGCCAGACAUUUUUGUUCUUAGGUUCUGACCAUGACUCAUAAGCUUCUUGUCAUUCUUCACUGCUUGUUUGUGGUCACAGACACUCAGCACUCCUCCCAUCCUGUGGGGGUGGCUUUCGGGAAGUCCUGGUGGCUCUUCUUUCUGUCCCAAUGCUGUCACUUUGCAGGAGAGGGUCAGUUACCAAAAUACUGCCUGGUCUUCAUACUUAAAGCACUGUGAAAGAACCUAACGAUGUCUCAUGAGAAUGCUGGCUUUUAUAGCCAUUUCACCAAAGUGGUAAAGUGGUAAAAAUUAUGGCAUUUUUGUGGCCAAGAAGAAUUGGAUGAGUUUUGUGGAAGAGCUGUGUGUGUGUGUGCAUGCGCAUCUGUGUGUGCACGCAUGUGUGUGUGUACACACCCAGGGAGAGCACUGGAAAAACACUUAACUGCAGAUGUAACAUGGCUUUAGUUUGGGCCAUUGUUCAGACGCACUGUGAUAAGUUCUUUUACAGAUAUCUAGUCAUGGUAGUAAACUUGUGGGUUUCAGAUGUACUUGAUGAUAGUCUUGUUAAAUGCAGAAGUAGGGAGAAACUUUCUCAAGUUAUUAAAAAUGCCUACUCAGUGUGAGAGGCUGUAGCAGAUUUGUCCUCAGCAGGGGGAGAACUCCAAGUCUAACUGGCUGACCCAGUGCUGGGGAGUUAACCCUUGACUCAUAACCUAAUUGUCUGUUCCUGAGUUAUCCAGGUACUCAUACUUGUUAGUCUAUCAGACAAUUUUCAUAUGCAUAUACACAGAAGUUACUAAGUAUUUAAGUAUUACUGAGUAUUACUGUUUUAAAAUUUGUUAAAUCUGUUUAUGAAAGGUUAUUAAAUCAUACUGUGUCAAUUUGCUUUUGUAGUCAAGGUGACUAAGAAAAUCAUUUCAGUUAUGUAAAUAAAAUCAUGUAUCAUACAA